UUUGAUUAUAUACUCCUAUCCAAAACCAAUGAAAAAAAAUAAUUCUAUCUCCUUCUUCUUUAUGGUGGGUCUGAAACAAGUCUUGUACCAAACCAAGCUCUCAGUCCCUUCUCCAAAUAUUCCUGGCCUUGUGCUUUAACUGUCAAAAGUUAAAGCCUAAUGGUUUUAUCAACCAGUUUACUUAACAGUCUCGCAUCUUUCGGUUCUUCUCCAUGCCUUCUUGCAUUUCUCUCCCACCAUAUGUUAUGAAGAACAGCUUGAAAAGAGUAUCUUAAGAGGAACAUCUCCGUAGCUGGAUAGGCCGAACCAGAUAUUAUCUCCACUAUAUCAUCCCACGCUGCAGUGAAUUUCUCCUUUAGAAUUCCUCUGACUAAACAUUCCCACACAGCCAAAGAAUAUGGGCAGCUGAAAAAGAGAUGUUGACAGGUCUCUUGAACUUCAUGACAAAGAACACACUCCGUGUUUAUCAAUGCAUUCCAAGCUUGCAUUUUAUUGGAUUUCAUAGUCAGAGGUGAAAUUCUUGGAUUUAUGAGAAAUCACAUUUCUACUAGUAACACAAACCAAAACCGAGUUAUUGUCUGGAAAAUGCAUAUUUAUAUAACAUUUUCUAAAAUUUUUUUAAAAACUGCAAUUUUGUUGUUAAUUUAUACUCUUUCCGUUCCCGAUGGAUUUUAUAUAUGUUUAAGGUAUUUUUUAUACUUUUAAGAAACAUUAAAUAAAAAUAUUUGAAUUGAUUAAAUUUCAUUGCUGAAAAAUUAUUGGAAAAUGUAUAAUAAAAAAAUUAAGUUAUAAACAUUUAUUGAAUUCUUAAUAAGCAUGAACACUUUAGAAAAUUUUACUUGAAACAUAUGGAGUAUAUAUUAAUUGAUGCAUUUAGUGUAAAACAAGUAAACUUGAAAUAUAAAUAUUGUUUAAAAAUGUAUAAAACCAAAUUGGCACAUUUAAAUUUACAUUACGAUCGUCUUUUACCUUCGCAUUGAAACCGUCAAAUUUUACCUCUUUUGACCGCUUAAAUGCCCUAUAAUCGCUUUCCUCUUUUAGUCUUGAAUUCUUGAUUGAUAGAGAUUUUAGAGAGCAUUAAGUUUUCAUUAGUGAAUCAUUAAUUGCUGGUAAACCAUUUAAAGAAUCAUUUAGAAACUGAAUAGAUCUUUUAGAUGCUUAUUCUUCUAUGCUUUCAUAUAAAUAUUUAAUAGAACAUUCACCUUUAAAAAUAUUUAAAAUAAUUAUCAAGUCUAACAAUAUCAAAAACAUGUUUAAAUUAAAAAUAAAAUAUAUAUUAUUGAAACUAAACUUGCAAAUAAUAAAUUUUAUUAUUUCAAAAUGAUUUUAAAUAAAAAUAUAACUUAGUGAAUAUAAUAUGAUUUCAAAAUGAUUCUUAACAAAAAUAUAAAAAUAUUAUACACAAUACAUGAUAAAUAUCUUCUAUAUUAAUUUUAUAAUUAAUGUUAUAUUUUAAUUUAUCAAUGUUAUAGAAAUCAGCUAAAAAUACAUUAUGUUGUUCAUCAGUUCUGUCGGUUGAGGUUUAGACUAUGGUAGAAAACUAAUUGUGGGCAACAUUUAUUAGAAAUGACAAUUCAAACAUAAAUAGAACACACAGACAAAAACUCAGUUUUUAACUUAUCACUAGGUGAUUUUUCCGUUCUUAUGCACAGAUAUAAAUAUUUACAAAAUAUUACUUUAAUUAGCCAUAUGAUUUUUGAUAUGUCAUAUCUAGUCGGUUUUGUUGUUUUUUUUAGAGUCGAUUUAGUAUAAUUUGGGUAUAUAGAUUGCAAAUAAUUUUCUGAAUUCAACUAUAAUAUUUUUUAUCUUAAAUAUAUUAAAAUUAUGAUUAUUUUUUUUUUUUCAUUUACGUUGGUUAUUGGCUUAGAUAUGUAAACAAAUUUGAAGAAGAUUAUGUAUAACUUAAGAUAUAUUGGUCUUAGAAUGAAAUAUAAAAUAAAUUAAAGUGUCUGAUUUCAAAUUAUGUAAAUUAAUAUAACGAUAAUAUUCUAUAGUCUCAUCAUGUAUAUAUAUAAAUUUUACAAAAGAACUAAAUUAUAACAGUUGGUUAAUAUUUCGUUUUCAUUUGUUAAUAUGUAUUGAGUCAACUUGUAAUUUACAUUUAUAAAAUAAAUUGUUAUUAUAAAAUUGUAUAUUCUUAUUGUAGUUAAAUAUAUGAUUUUAGAUAUAAGUUGGAUUAUUCGAGUCACCCAUUUUGUGAGUAUAUUGAGUUAUAUCUAUUUUUUCAAAUUCAAAUUGAAGUAUAAUUGUUUUUAUUAUAAUUAAGUAAAAUAAAAUUAAUUUUAUUUAUUGUUUAAAUGUGAAUGUAUUUUCAUAAUAUUUAUCAAAUUAUAUGUUGAUAUAAAAUUAAUAUUUUCUUUCUAUCACUAAUUAUGUUUAUCUUUUGCUUGAUUUUGAAUGAUCACGUUUGAUGUUUUUUCUUAUUUUUGAAUCGAUUUUACUUAUGUUUUGGCUAUUAAAAUAUAUACAAACCAUGUAUUUUAAAUUCGAAGAACCGGUUUCAUUUAUGUUUUAGUGACAAAAUAGGUACAAAUCAGGUAUUUUAAAACCAAAGAAGCGAUUGGGACCCAAACCCGAAAGUACAAUGGGUUAUACCGGUUCUUUAAAGAUUUACUAACCCCGACCUGAACCCAAUAGAACUCGAACCGAUCCUGAACCAAACUUUUAUAUAACCCGAAUGGGGAUGAUUUUGAUAAACCCGAAAAACCAAAACCCGAAUGGAUAAACCGAAACCCGAUUGGAACCCCGAAUGUCCAUGCCUAGUUGGGGGGAUUUAUCAUUAAAAUGAAACUCUUCAUUUGUGUGUAAACAUCAUCCAUCCAUAAAUAACAGAACAAUAGACGGAGGGUAACAAAAUCUAACGGAAUAGAACUUGAGGGGUUAAAUUACAAGGUAACAAGUUGGGGGGGAUUUUUUACGAAAAAUCUUUAGUUGAGGGGAUUUAUCACUAAAAACUCUUAAUGAAAUCAAAUUAUAUAUACAUAUAUUUUGUUUUUAAAUUUGUUUUUCUUAACUUUAUAAAUGUUAUUUUUUUUAUUAUAUAUGUUAUUUGAAUUUUUUUAAAGAGGAAAUUAAAUAAAAAAAUCAAUAAUAGUAUUUAAAUGUAAGAUUUUUAAUUUAUUAAAGGUAUCAGCGUAAUCAACCAUCGUAAAAGUUAAUGUGAGCGCGACUUGUCAAAUAAUAUUAUAGAGAUGUGACAAAAGAUUGUUAUAUUAAUUAAUAAAUAUAAUUAUGGUAAAACUUACUAAUUUCCAAAAAUAACAAUUCAUUUUUAACUGUAAAAUAUGAUUUUAAAUAUUAAUUGAUGCAGUUAUGGCAAAAGAUUGAAUAGAAACAGGAAACAAACCAAAAUUGCUUUAUUGAUAAUUUCCAUAUUUGUUUGUGAUAAUAUUCACUAGAAAAAUAAAGAUCUCUAUUGGAGAAUAAAUUGCUUGAUAAACAAAUAAAAAUAAAAAUAUUUUGCAACAGCAUUGCGAUAUUAAUUUGGGGGAUUAAAACUCUUUCAACUUCUUUUGGAUUCUUCUGCAAGCGAGCGAUUAGAGAACAGAGCCCAGUCAAUUUCUCGAAUUAUUUGGGUGAAUAAUCUCUCUCUCUCUCUCUCCUCUCUGUUUCUUACUUUCUUGACUCUUUCUCUGUUAGGGUUUAGGGUUUUAAGAAUCUCCAAGAACUCUGGAUUUACGCUAACAGAUUCCGAUUCAUCGAAAUCGCUUCCGGGCAUGCGUGAUAUCCUCUAAGAUCACCGAAUCACUCAAUUUCGAUAAAUCCUCUCCGUAAAAAUCGUUCCUUUUUGCUGAAGGGCUUUAUGGGUACCUCAGAUGGUUCUGAAAAUCAACAACAAGAAGACGUUAAAGUUGAUAUCUUGGAGUGUGGGAAUCUGACUGAUGAGUCUCAAGAGGGAGAAGAUGGGUUGUGCCAAUCCUCUUCGAGCUCUUUUGGUGAUUCAUUGUGUGCUCGUGACGACGAUGACGGUGAUGAUGAUAAUGAUUUUGAAGCCGAGUCUAUGUUAAACAAAGAUUAUCCAUUACCUGAGACAUUUGGUGAUGGGACUGAGUUGUUGGGUUUGAAGAAGAAGAAGGUGACGGAUGAGUGGAGGAAGUUUUGUCAGCCGUUGAUGUGGAGGUGUAAGUGGUUAGAGCUCAAGGCUAAGGAGAUUGAGUGUCAAGCAAGAGGGUAUGACAGACAAGUUACAAGUUACUACCAGAGUAAACAGUUUGAUUUGGACAAGUCGAAAUUGGAAGGCUUUGAUGGGAAGUCGAAAUCUUUUGGUGAUCAAACUCAGAGGAUGAGUGUUUACAAGAGAGGAAGAAGGAGACGAGUUGAAGAGACUACAGAUGUUGCUGCUUAUAUCUCCAACCAUAACGUUUUCUCUUAUUCAGAACAGCGGAAGCCAACAACUCUCAAAGCUCAGUGUCCUGUUCCUGGCCGUAAAGCUACAGGGAAGGAAGAAGAGGUUGAAGAAGAUGAUUGUUUUGUUUCUGGGUCAGAUUGUUCUGAUGAUAUACUAGGAAUGAUUCUGUGUCAGAUUGAUGAGGCUCAGGAUAAAGCAAAAAGAUUGAAGAAGCGUGUUGAUCAGCUCUUGUGUUGUGAGUCUCAGGAUGGUCAUACAUCAUUGAUGCCUCAACCAUCUCGGAGAGACUUUAAUGUACAGAAUGUCAAGCAACUUGCUCUUGUGGAAGAAGAACCGUCGCUGCCUCAUAUUCAGAGAGAAGGGACUGUGCAAAUUGGAAGGCAACGAAUCUCUGCUGAUCAUACUGAAGAUCUGUUGAUACCUCAAGCUCCUCCUCCUUUUGAAAGCGAUGGGCAGUUUCUGUAUAACAUCUCUCCACUUCCAUAUGAGAGAUUAGGCUUUCCCACAAUCGAUGAUCUGCUGAUGGAUGGAUCAGAGAUGAAUGAUUAUGAAGGAGAACGGGACCUUGAUAAUUGUUUCAUGAAGCUAAUGAAUGAGUUUGGAAAAUACACUAUGUCAGAUGAUGAUGAAGAAGAAGAAGAUCCUACACCGGCCACUAAGAGGCAUAAAACCUCUCACUGAAAGCUCUCUCUCUCUCUCUCUCUCUCUCUCUCUCUCUGUACAGAGCCUUAUCCUCCUGCUUGAUCAGCAUAAAAGCUCCCUGAAAGUAGUAGUUAUAUUGGUAUAUUCUGUUCAUUCCCCUCUCUCUCUCUCACUCACUCUAGUAACUCUUUGCAUUUGGCUUUUUAAGAACUAUGAGACCACAAUAGGUUUCAGAGUUUGUGCAUAGUUAAAUGACUUAGAAUCUUAUCAUAUGAUAUUUUCUUUGUUCUUCUAUAUCAUGAAACCCUUUUAUGAUUCAUAAAUUCAAAAGUUUUUAAGAGCU